AUGACCAGCCCUGCACUGCAGAUAGCGUCCAUCUGUGGGCUGGACCAGAAGGGCCUGGAGCUCAAGACACACGUGCAGACCGAAACCGAGAGCCCGAUAUGGAACCAGAUCCUGACCUUCCGGAUUCAGACACAGUCUCCAGGACUGGGGCCAUCUGGUGCAGGCCUGAUGGCCACCACCCCCCUAGAAAUGCUGCAGGGAGAUAUGAACCUCAUGCUGAAGUGGCAUCUGAGACCAGCUGGUCAGGGCCCCAGCAAGGCAGCCUGCAGGGGGCGCACAGCUGAAAAUGGUCUGUGCCAGUUAAUAGUCCAAGGUCCCCCGCUCACUAACCAGCUGCACAGCUGGAAAGCCUUUUCGUUCCCCACUUCCACGACCCUCAGCUUCCACGGCAAGGGGAGGACCAGGAGAGUGGAGAACGGGGUGGAGGGAGGGGGCCAGUCGCAGCCCAGCUGCAUACCAGGGACAGCUCUGCCCUGCCUCUCCAGCUACAUCAAGUUCAGAGUCCUGGACUGUGGCUUCCUACCCUGCUUUGGCCCCAGCUUCCUGACUCUCCGUGGGGGUAAAAAGGCCCCUUUCAGGAUCCAGGAAGAAGACGCUAAUAUUCCCAACACUGUUAAGGAUGGUUUAGCUUAUCGAGGCCGAGUCUUCCUGGAGUUAAUCACGCACAUCAAGUCCCAUCAAGACACUAGGAUGAAGGAUCUCUCCCAUGAUGUAAUCACCGUAGAGAAGCACCAGAACCGCCAAAAGUAUGGGCUGUGCGUCAUCUUCCUCUCCUGUACCAUGAUGCCCAACUUUAAGGACCUGAUCCAAUUCGAGGUCAGCAUUGGCCACUAUGGAAACAAGAUGGACCUGAGUUACAAGCCUCUCGUCUCAACCACACAGUACAGCCCAGUGAUAUAUGAUGGGAACAUCUACCAUUACGUGCCCUGGUACAACACCAAGCCCAUGGUGGCUGUGACCUCCUUCUGGGAGGAUGUCAGCUUCCGCAUGAACUGCCUCAACCUCCUCCAGUUCACUCGGGACCGCCUGAAAGCCAAUCUGGAUGCCCUGAAAUCCAUGAGGAACCCAAGGGACCCAGCUCUGCUCCCCCAGUGGGAGAAACUGCUGAGGGAACUGGUGGAGGACUGCAAGCGCCCUCUGCCCUGCAUGACCAAUCAGCCCAAAGCCACUAACCUGGACAAGAAGAGGUGGCAGCUCCGCAGCCUCCUUCUGCGGGAACUGGCCCAAAAGGCCAAGGAAGCCCAGCCCAGGGACAUGGUGGCCACCGUGGAGGGCUGGCUGUACCGCCUCAACGCCGUACUCCCUGAGCCCCAGGUGAGCCUCCCUGAUGUGAUGAUCUGGCUGAUAUCCCAAGAGCAGCGCGUGGCUUACGCACAGGUGCCCGCCCACAGCAUCCUGUUCUCCCCGACCGGGGCCCUGCACUGCGGCAGGUUCUGUGGGAAGACACAGACCCUCUUCCUGCAGUACCCAGAGGGUGAAGGACAGAAGGACACGCUCCCGGGCCAGCUCCGGGUCUGCAUGUGGCUCGGCAACGUGAAGGACAGCAAGGAUCUGCAGCUGCUCCGCCAGGGCGACGUGGUCGUGUACGCGGAGACGUACGAGAACCAGGCCAAGUUCAAAGACCAGUGGGGGCAGCAAGGGCUGCGCCGCUGCCCCAACUUCUCGGACGUCAUGGGGCACAAGACCCUCCCUAAGGAGGAUUUCAAGGAGCCCCCCGAGUGGCACUGGCAGGGACAGUGGACAGUGGAGCCUCAGAGGAGACUCCUCCUGGACACAGACAUCAACAAGAGCCAGGUGCUGGAGGAGGUGUACGAGAACCAACACCGAGAUGCGACGGGGGCCUGGGUGCCUGCUGCUGUCCCCAACACGGACGCGGAUGGAGAGCCCAUGGAGGCCCGGAAGAAUAUGAAGUGCCCCCAGGGCUGGCAUGUGAACAGGAACUGGGCUGUGGACCUGAACCACGCGGUGGACAAUGAGGGCUGGGAGUACGGAGUGGGGAUCCAGCCCUCGGGCCUGCCCAAAGUCUGGAACUCAGUAGAGAAGACCUAUUACUCACGCCGGCGGCGGCGCUGGGUGCGGAUGCGCUACCGGAACCACGGGGGACUGAGCCACGAGCAGGAGACCCUGUCCUUCCUGCAGCUGCACCACCCUGGCCUGGCUGAGGACGAGAUGGGCUGGGAGUACGGUGUCUUUGGCUCCAAGUUCCACCUGAACCCUCAGCCCCAGAGCCGUUUCCGCCGCCGCUGCUGGCACCGCAGGCUGGCCCCCAACAAGGUCAAGGGCAUUGCACCCAUAUUCCUCCUGGAGGGAUCCUUGGUAAAGCCCCACGGGCUAGGUGCUUGCCCUGUCACCCCACCUCCCGGAGCCAGGGCCCCACCUGGUGUGGCAGUCAGCCAGAGAUGCCUCAGGGUGACCUGGGCCUGGGCUAGAUGACACAGGAAAAGCACCCAAGAGCCUCAGGGUCUGUCCUGGGCACAGGGUAAAGAUCUAGAACAGCAAACAGAGAGGGAAGUGAACAAGGUGUCGUCGUCACGGACACUGGGCAGAAUCCGGAGCUCCCAGAGGGCUCCUGCGGAGAUCACCCAGCCCCCCAACCUGCCCUUCAUCUACUGCGUCUUCAACAGGCCCCAUUACUACCAGCUCUUCUGCUACAUCUACCAGGCCCGCAACCUUAUGUCCAACCAGAUCCAGACGUUCCAGGGGCCCUUCAUUCGGCUGGUCUUCUUGAACCACAGCCAGCGCACCCAAACCCUGAGGAGCUCUGCAGCCCCAACGUGGGCCCAGACGCUCAUCUUCCAGCACCUCCUCCUGUACGAGGACCCCCAGGACACCAAAGAGAGACCCCCACUUGUAGUGUUGGAAUUGUGGCAGCGAGACUCCCAGGGCAAGGAGAGCCUGUGGGGACGGAGCAUGUGGUCCCCGGUGGUCUGGCUGGAUGUGCAAAACCGGAUCCUGCCCCCCAUGAGGUGGCACCCCCUUGUAAAAGGGUUAGAGGACGAGGAAGGCGAGAUCUUGGCGUCCUGUGAGCUCAUCCUUGAGACUGAGGUGCUGGGAGAGAGGUCCUGGCUGGGAAGUGUGAUGCUCAGCGCCCCCACCCUGCCCCGCAUUCCCACAACCAGCAGUCCCCACCUCCAGCCCCUCAGGAAAGCUCUGGGGCCUGGGAACCAGUACACUGAGUUUGGUGGGGCCAGCCUACCCAACCUCUCCCUAACUCCCCUGCCAGCUUCUGCCCACAGGGCUCCAGGACUGCCUCAGCUGAGCCCUCCUGGAGUGGGGAAUGGGGGACAGGAGAACCAGUCCAGCGGGGCCUCAUGCUCCCUGCUCUCGCCCUCAUCCCUUCAGAGUCUCAGACAGAAGCUGCCAGUCUUAAGUGUUCCCUGGAAGAAUGGGAUCUACACACUCCCCAAGAGCAUCCAGCCCACACUAAGGAAAAUGGCUGUCGAGAUCCUGGUCUGGGGCCUUCGGAACAUGAAGCAGGUGCGUUCGCCCCAGCUCUUGGUAGAAUGCUGGGAGGAAUCCCUGCAGACGGAACCCAUCAGGGACUUCCAGACCGAUCCCAACUUCACCGAGUCAGUCCUCUUCCUCAUGCUGUACAUGCCUGUGGAGGAGGCCUUCGCGCUGCCCCUCGUGCUGAAGGUGGUGAACAACCAGGACUUCGGCCAGCAGACCGUGGUGGGCCAGGCCAACGUUGACUCCCUGCAGCCCUACUUCUGUGACCCCUGGGCUGAGGACUACGUGCCCCCACAGCCUCCAGUGCUGUCUGUGAAAAAGUACCAUAAGCUCCUAGGUUACCUCUAUGAAAAGUUCUGGUUCAAGUCCAGCAAAGCUGAGGAUGAAUAUGAGCACGAAGUGGACUGGUGGAGCAAGCUGUUCUGGGCCACAGGAGAUGCUCCCAAGUCCCUGAAGUACAAGUACAAAGACUAUCACACUCUGAAGGUGUACAACUGUGAACUGGAGGCUGUGCCGGCCUUCCAAGGCCUGGAGGACUUCUGCCAGACCUUCAAGCUCUACCAGGAACAGCCCAAGCUGGACAGCCCUGUGGUAGGGGAGUUCAAGGGCCUAUUCCGUGUCUACCCCUUUCCUGAGAAUCCGGACGCCCCCAAGCCCCCUCGCCAGUUCUUGCUUUCGCCUAAGAAAGAGGACUUCCCUCAGCAGUGCUUGGUGCGGGUGUAUGUGGUGCGAGCAAUCAACCUGCAGCCCCAGGACACCAAUGGCCUGUGUGACCCUUAUGUGAUCCUGAAGCUGGGAGAGACGAAGCUUGGCAACCGGGAGGAGUACCAUCCCAACACCCUGGACCCCGUCUUUGGCAUGAUGUUUGAACUGAGCUGCACCAUUCCCCUGGAGAAGGACCUGAAGAUCGAGCUGUAUGACUUUGACCUAUUUUCACCUGAUGAUAAGAUUGGGACCACAGUCAUUGACCUUGAAAACCGACUCCUGUCUGGCUUUGGAGCUCGCUGUGGGCUCUCCAAAUCCUACUGCCACUCAGGGCCCUUCAGGUGGCGGGAUCAGAUGCCCCCCAGUGUGCUCCUGGAACACCAUGCCAAGAGGAAAGGCCUGCCUCCGCCUCUAUUCAGCCCUGAGGAUGACUCUGUUUUUUACAACGGGAAAAAAUUCAGACUGCAAAGCUUUGGUGAGAAGUCCCCCUUCUGCUCGUUUUUGGGACCUAAGAAAGAACGCCUUGCCCUGUACCUCCUGCACACCCAGGGGCUGGUACCUGAGCACGUGGAGACCCGCACACUGUACAGUGACAGCCAGCCAGGCAUCGACCAGGGAAAGGUGCAAAUGUGGGUGGACAUCUUCCCCAACAAGCUGGGGCCUCCUGGCCCCCCGGUCAACAUCAGGCCCAGAAAACCUAGAAGGUACGAGCUGCGCUGUGUCAUCUGGAGAACUGCUCACGUGGACCUGAAGCGGAACAGUCUAAGUAACGAGAAGAUAAGCGACAUCUAUGUCAAAGGGUGGUUAUUCGGGCUAGAGAAGGACACACAGAAGACAGAUAUCCACUACCACUCCCUGACGGGGGAGGGCAUCUUCAACUGGAGGUUCAUCUUCACCUUGGACUACCUGGCGGCAGAGCAAGUGUGCGUCCUGAGCCAGAAGGACUACAUAUGGAGCCUGGACCCCACAAUGAUGACGUUCCCGGCCCGGCUCAUCAUCCAGAUCUGGGACAACAACAUCUUCUCCAGUGAUGACUUCCUAGGGGUCCUGGAGCUGGAUUUGUCUGACAUGCCCUUCCCAGCCCGGCACGCCAAGCUGUGCUCCAUCAGGAUGAUGGAUGCUGACCCCAAGUGGCCCCACUUCCUCCAGUACAAGCACUUCUCCCUCUUUAAGAUGAAGACUGUAACCGGCUGGUGGCCUUGCCAGGUCCUCGAUGAUGGCAAAUGGCGCUUGUCGGGUAAAGUGAAGAUGACUCUGGAGAUUCUGACAGAGAAGGAAGCCUUAAUCAAGCCAGCAGGACAAGGCCAGUCGGAACCCAACCAAUACCCGACUCUCCAUCCGCCCCUACGCACCAACCCCUUGGUCAAGUGGUUUCAGUCACCCAUUACAAGCUUCUUUCAUGUUUUCUGGAAACGCUACCGCUUCAAAAUCAUCAUCAUCUUGAUCAUUGCAAUUAUAGGGCUUCUGCUGUUCAACUUUAUCUAUUCAGCUCCGAACUAUUUGGCCAUGAGCUGGAUCAAACCUGAACUUCGGCUGAGUGCUCCCAUUCAAAUAUAUGCCAAUAUCAACAAUUCACCAAACACCAGCAGCGCCAACUCUUCCACCCUCACCAUUCAUCAUCAGAACCUAAAGCCAACAACAGACCAUAAGCUGAAACUCCUCCAGGGACCCAGGAAUCACCUGCGAGAUAUUUUUCCAGAACUGCCAGCCCCACAGGACUAAUUCUCCCAUGUCUGCCUGGCUUUUGUCCUGCCUACCAACGGCCCUACCCUGGGCUUCCUGCCGGCUCCUUGUUUCUAGGGGCUGGGGAUAUCCUGGCCGUUCUGUUCAGAAACCACUUCCAAUAAGAAGGGCUGAGUUGUAAUUUUCCGCUGAAAUAAACAAGUUUUGUAACAGAGAGCCACCUUGUAAUUUGCGGGGUUGACAACACUGUGAAAGGCUGAAAGUGCCAGACUUUCAGACAAGACUCACAAGGACGGGGAGUGAUGUCAUCUUUAUGUGCCACCUCUAGUCUUCGGGGGCUCUUCGGCUCUAAGGGGCUCUGAGGUCAGAGGAAAACAGAGGGAAGGGGUGUCUGUGAGGAGGGAGGUGGCUCACGGCGGGUAAGCAGCUGGCCGAGGCCACUGCUCUCACCCACAUGCAUGUACAUCAAAGCGGCACUGGGACCAGGCGGCUCCCUCCUCAGGGACA